AAUUAGAGGGGACCAUCAAAGAAAAGUCAGAUCCAAAGAUACUGGAGGGAUCUUCCUAGACCUGAAUUCUGGAGACGGUUCUUACCUUUAAUCAAGCUUGCCCAGGGAUUUUGUGGUUCAGUCAUGGAGAGUGACGGAGAAUCUGAAUAUUGGCUGCUGGCUGGAGCCAAUGAAGAAUAGAGGCGUCCAUGACCCUACAUGACUCCCUUGUCCUCGCCGUGGUUCAUCUACAAUUAGGAACGGGCAAAGGACACAAAACAAAACAGACCAACGGAGGUUCCUACUUGGAGAGUUCCAGGGGUGGUGUGAACAAGUCACUUAGGAAGAAGGAAUUCUCACCUCCAUUACUGCAGUCUUGUCUUCAGACGAAGCGCUGAAGCGUGUCUCUCUGGGUUCUAUUUCCAGGGGAACCUGAAAACUUUGCCAAUGGCGCCUUAACAAGUCAGUAUACAGGGGGCGCUGCGAGGGAGACUGCCAGGCUGGAGGAGGGACUUCCGGCCCCAGCUACUUCCGGUGUCUCUGAGCAGCCUUGUCAACGGUGCUCUUGUUUAGUUUGUAUCUGCUCCAAAGUCGGUUUAUAGUAACGACACCAGCGACCUCCCAGAGGCCUGGAUCUCAGUUCAGGGGCCCUCAGCACUAGUUGAGCAGAGUAUUUUCCUCAGAUGUCUGAGUUUCUGCUUUUGGGGACCCUCCUCAAAUUUUAAAUUUGAGAUCCUAGAAGAAUUUGCAUCAGUCUUGGACAUCUUGUGAAUAUCAGAAAACAUAUUUUGGAGGUUAGAAAAAGACCAGGGAAUAUGGUGUCUACAUUUGCUUCCAUGGAAUCCAACCUGUCUUCACCUGAAAACAGGAUCACAUCCUUCCUUAAGCAGGAAAGAAGCUAUUAAAGUGGAGGUGGAGCUGGAUCCUGAUCCUGGUGUGGUCAGCUAGUUGUGGGAUCAGGAUAUAGGUCUCCACAAGAAGCCAGCUGUAAGAGGCUCCUAGGCAUGUGUGUAAUGAGGAUAUUUGACCAGAGAAGAAAUAUAUUUUUGCCAUCAGUUUGGAGUUGCACUUGACAUUGCUGGGAACAUGUUCAUGAUUCAUUUAUAAUUGGAGACAUUUUGUUUUGUCCAAGGAGUCCUCUCUCCUCCACCUCCUCCUCCAUUGUACACAAACUCUGUCUCUCAUCCUGUGAAAAUGAUUUCAUGGAGGAAACUCUUCCGGCAUUAUCACUUAUGGGCCCUUGGUGGUUAUAUGCUGCUGGCCGUUGUUGCUCUGAGACUUUCUUUCAGAUUGAAGUGUGAUCUGGACUCCAAAGAAUUUCAAAGCCAAUACUGUAGGGAUAAGUUGUACAAGUCCCUAAAGCUCCCAGCAAGGAGGUCCAUCAACUGUUCUGGGAUCACCCGAGGGGACCGGGAAGCAGUGAUCCAGGCCAUUCUGAAUAAUCUGGAGAUCAAGAAGAAACGGGAGCCUUUCAAUGAUAUUGACUACCUUCGCCUGACCAGAGACUGUGAGCACUUUAAGGCUACAAGGAAGUUCAUACAGUUCCCACUGAGCAAAGAAGAGUUAGAUUUCCCUAUUGCAUACUCUAUGGUAGUUCAUGAGAAGAUUGAAAACUUUGAAAGGCUGCUGCGGGCUGUGUAUGCCCCUCAGAAUAUAUACUGUGUCCAUGUGGAUCAGAAGUCCCCAGAAACGUUCAAAGAGGCAAUCCAUGCGAUUACUUCAUGCUUCCCAAAUGUCUUUGUAGCCAGUAAGCUGGUUCGGGUGGUUUAUGCCUCAUGGUCCAGGGUUCAGGCUGACCUGAACUGUAUGGAAGAUUUGCUCCAGAGCCCAGUGCCAUGGAAAUACUUCCUAAAUACAUGUGGGACAGACUUUCCUAUAAAGACCAAUGCUGAGAUGGUCCAGGCCCUCAAGAUGUUGAAUGGGAAGAACAGUAUGGAGUCAGAGAUACCUACUGAGUUUAAAAAAAGACGCUGGAAAUAUCACUAUGUGGUGAAAGACAUAUUGUAUAUAACUAAUGAGAAAAAGGAUCCUCCCCCUAAUAAUUUAACCAUGUUCACUGGGAAUGCUUAUAUUGUGGCUUCUAGAGACUUCAUUCAGCAUGUCUUAACGAACCCUAAAUCCCAACAACUGAUCGAAUGGGUAAAAGACACCUAUAGCCCUGAUGAACACCUCUGGGCUACCCUUCAGCGGGCCUCAUGGAUGCCUGGCUCUGUUCCCUUAAACCACAAGUAUGACAUUUCUGACAUGAUUUCCAUUGCCAGGCUAAUCAAGUGGCAGGCACAUGAGGGAGAUAUCAAUAAGGGGGCAUCUUAUGAACCUUGCUCUGGAAUCCACCAGCGGACUAUCUGUAUUUAUGGUGCUGGGGAUCUGCAUUGGAUGCUUCAAAACCAUCACCUGUUGGCCAACAAGUUUGACCCAAAGGUAGACGAUAAUGCUCUUCAGUGUUUAGAAGAAUAUCUACGUUUUAAGGCCAUUUAUGGGACGGAACUGUAAGAUACACUGUUGUGCUACCUGUGAGGCUGGAACAUGUGCAAACAUGCUAUAAUUGCUGGGACAAUGAAGGGUGGGAGUCCAGGGCUUGGGAAUCUAUGGCAUCCCUUAGGAUAAGGGGACUACUGUUAGAGUGUGGGUAUGUAGACCUGUUCCCUUGCAAAUUGCUGCCUUAGGCGAAAGCUGACUCUUCUCCAACAGUUCCUAUACUGAUUCUAACACAGGGAGGAUAAGAACCAGUGUUAUUUGGAGAUAAAGGAGGAGUGUGUCAGGGGACUGUGGAUUUCAGCUGAAUACCUGGUGUCAGGUUUUGAACUUUAAGGAAAGGCUGUUCCUAAUAAGUCUAGGCUUGGGGGGUGUUAAUGGAAAGAUAACUUUCCCUUUGGUACUGUUAAUUUAAAAAUGAAUAGCUCCUGAUUCAGAGAAUUUCCUCUAUUUUUUGUCUAAGAAGCCAGAAGUAAUGUAAAUAGAUAAAAUGUGUAAGAAUUUUCUCAUAACUGUUGGUGUCAUUUAAAAUUUGUAGUGGCUGGCAAGAGAGCCUCCAUUAAUUAUCCCAAAACGGUCUUGGCAACAAGCUGUUUGAAUAGCAUAUUCAAAAUAAUGUGGAGAAAGAAAAAAAAUAGAGGAACAGAGCUAUUCUUUCAUUAUUGAGACCACUUGUUUUGUUUACAUUACCAAAUUCAUAACUUCUCUACCAGGGAAAAGGUGGGGCAAUUUUUAAAUGGUUUGACCACUCAUGUCCUUAUGAGAAAAUCAUGGCACUAAUUUUGCCAGCUUCACAGUCAAAGAAUGUUUCAUAACAGGUAAUAGUCAUUUAGAUAAAGUUGCAUAUAAUAUAUUGUUACACAUUUUUAGUAGGGAGGGCACUGUGCUGUUAAUUAUAAUGGGAAGCAAAAAUAAAUAAGGACAAUCAAGCUAAACAAGGAUAUCUGACUAUUCCACGUGUAAGCCUCUUCAGUCAAAACUCCCUUUUUUUAACUAUGUGAAUGGAAGUGUUCUUUUUGUGAUAUUGCAGAGUGUGUAUAUAUAUAUUUUAUUGUGGGGAGAUAACAAUGAUGUGUGAAAAUGUUACUUAGGGAAACAGUUUCCUUUCUGAAACUCUGGAGAUAAUUGCUGGCUAUGUGUCAUUGUAAUGGGCAAGGGGUACUACAAAAAUAUAGUGAUACUAUAAAAAGACAGUGGCCUUUGAAGAUAGCACAGCUGAUCUGCAUAUAGUAUGUUCCAAAAAGGCUUUUUAUAUUCAAGUUAAUUUGUGUAAUUUGAAUACUCCCAUUAAUAUGUCAUAACGUCAUCAAUGUGUUUCUACACUUCUGAAUGUGAUUUAAAUAAGGUUUCUCUUAAUCAGCAGUCAGCUUCGUCUGUAGCCCAUGUACCUCUCACGUAGUUCCUGUGUGUGACUCUGAAAUUUUGAUGUAUGUUAAUGAUUCCUUUUUGUAAGGUGGUUUCUCCAUUGGUAGUGGGCAUCAUCAUCCCCAACUUACCUGCUUUGCAAUACUGAGUCCUCUUUACCUGUUCCCAGUCCCACUGUGGAGAUGCUGAAGGAUAGUUACAAGUGCAGUGUUUGUGCCCUGUGAGGUCUGUUGCCAGCAGUGGUAACUACUGACGUGUAUGAUGUUCCUCAGCUCUCCUCUGAGGUGGAUGGAAGUACCACUGUGGGAAGUGGACAGAAAAGCAUCCUUAAGUACACUUAUUCUGAGAAAAAGAACUCAGGUCUUUGGCCACAUAGUCAACUUAAAACUUUCAUGUGAAAUGUUAUAAUUCCUCAUAUAAAUAAAUUUAAAAAAUCAA